GACCCGCUCAGCCCAGUCCCUUAAAGAGAGCAGGAGUAUCGCCCCGGCGGACAGUUGCGGUAGCCUUCUGGCUCGGUUAUUUGUCUUUCUCUGGAUUUACACCGCGCAGAUAACAUUCCGGGAUGCCUUCAAAUGUACAAGGAGGGAAAGCCUUUGGCCUGCUAAAGGAGCAGCAAAGGUCGAAAUUGGAAGAAAUAAACAAGGAAUACCUGGAAGACCAGAAAUACAGGGAUGAAGAGGACCUGCCCGAAAAGCUGGAAGGCCUCAAAAAUAAAUAUUCCGAGUUUGACCUGAAUGACCAAGGAGAGAUCGAUAUGAUGGGCCUGAAGCGCAUGAUGGAGAAGCUGGGGGUGCCCAAGACCCACCUGGAGUUGAAAAAGAUGAUCGUUGAGGUGACGGGCGGCAGCAGCAGCAACACUAUAGACUACAGGGACUUUGUCAAGAUGAUGCUGGGCAAGCGCUCAGCCGUGCUCAAACUAGUCUUGGUCUUUGAGGACAAAGCCAAUGGCGCUGCCUGCAAACCAGGCGGACCCCCUCCAAAGCGGGACAUUUCUAGCCUGCCUUAAGCGUAGCUGUCGGCCUCCGGACUGCUGCUGGAGCAGAGGGACCAUCGUUGGUUGCGUGGAAUCGAAUCGUUCUCUUAACAUGUGGAGUGUUGUGUUAGUGUGGGGCCAGUGAUUUGGUGAUUUGAGGAUGUUAUUUUGUGAUAUAUAUGAUGGUGUGUGCGAGCUGUUUGUCAUUUGGAAGUCUGAGCCCACAACCCACUAAAUGAUGUUUGACUGGGAAUAUUAUCAUUCAUCUUUUUGUUCCCCUUUAAUUGAAAUGUAGCAUUAGUAGUUGUACUCGUGAUCUGGUUGAUAAAAUGACCUUUUUGUUGUAAGUGUUUCAUGGAUAUAUUUGAAGGGAAGACUCCAGACUCCAGAGGUUGCUUUUCCUUCCUUGUUUCUUUUUUUUUUUGGGAAGCAUUUUGGCGACGUGAGAGUAGGAUGCUUUUGGAGAAGCACAAGGAAAAGAAGCAGCUUUCCCGACACAUUUUUGCACUGUCUUCCGUGGUCUUGGAUGAAUUCCUGUCGGGACUGAUCUUAGUCAGCGUGUCACUUUAGAUCAGGUGCCAGAGAUUACAGGCCCAGCUUCCUUUUUGGGUCAAAGUCAUCCGCCCUCGCAGCUGAAACACUGAUCUGGAAUCAGUAACUAGGUAAUCCUGGCCACUUUGGUGAUCUAAUAAUAUUUUUGUAGAUGACUGUACUGCUAUGCGUUUUUAAUAUUCCUCUCUCGGCUAGUGUGAGUGAAUAAGAGAUCAUGUUGAGCAUGGGACGUUCAGUUUCAGUAUGUGGCAUGAACCGCAAACCUGACUCCGUUUUUUUUUUUUUUUUUUUUUUUUUUUUUUUUUUUUUUUUUUUUUUUUAGAUCUGUAAGGUUUAAGCACAUGUUCUUUUUGGAGGGAGUGUGAUUUUAACAGGCACACAAGUGUAACAAAUGUACAUAAUAUGCUCCACACAGUACAAUCAUAUUCUUUCCAAGUGCCUCAACAUGCAGAUGCUGUAGAGCUUCAACACACCGCUUGAAAAAGGAGAGUGCACAUGCGUGUUCACUUCCAGCAGUCCUCUUGGUUUACUAAUUCCAGGAAAAAAGAAAACAUGAAAUGUUCUUUGUUGAGACAGUUUUGAUGUUUGUUGAAUUGUAUUGAUAUGGUGUUUCCACAAGAUUCUGAGUGAGUGAAAUUCUCAAGUGUUGAAUUUUUUUUAAUGUAAUUUUUUUUUUCCCUUUUAUUAACAUUAUCAUUUGUUUGUCGCAGCAAGCGUUUAACCAGUUUGUGAAGUGAUUUGACUGCUUAGGUUACCUUAUACUUCACACGUGUGUCAUUAGUUUCCUCCCAGCUUUCCUUCAUCAGCUAACCCUCUCUCCCUCUCUGUUGAUCUGCGUUCAUUGUCCUGUGAAUUCUGUUAUUUGUGCCUCAGUGUUGCUGUAACUCACGCUACUUACUGUGAAUUUGGUACUUGUAGUAUUUUUGAUCCACCUAACGUGUUUUUUAAACUAUUAAUUUGUUUUCAGUCUGAUAGGUGUAUUACAUCUUUUAAUGUUGUUGAGAUACACAUUGUUUGCAGACACCAAAGGAAUUAAAAUUAUUCUUACACUG